AGGCCACCCCGCGGCAGGGGCAGCGGCGGCGGCGUCUCCUGAGCCCGGGAUGGAAGCGACCUACGGCGGGGACGUGCUCCCUGGGCCCGCCGGGGGCGGCGGCGGCGGCAGCCUGGGGCCGGUGGACGUGCCCAGCGCUCGAUUAACGAUAUAUAUCGUGUUACUAUGCAUCACUAAAUUUUUGAAGGCUGUGGGACUUUUUGAAUCAUAUGAUCUCCUAAAAGCAGUUCACAUUGUUCAGUUUAUUUUUAUAUUAAAACUUGGGACUGCAUUUUUUAUGGUUUUGUUUCAAAAGCCGUUUUCUGGAAAAAGUAUUACCAAACGCCAGUGGAUCAAAAUAUUUAAACAUGCAGUUGCUGGGUGUAUCAUUUCUCUCCUGUGGUUUUUUGGCCUUACCCUUUGUGGACCAUUAAGGACUUUGCUGCUUUUUGAACACAGUGAUAUUGUUGUCAUCUCACUACUUAGUGUUUUGUUCACUAGUUCUGGAGGAGGACCAGCAAAGACAAGAGGGGCUGCUUUUUUCAUUAUUGCUGUGAUUUGCCUGUUGCUUUUUGACAAUGAUGACCUCAUGGCAAAGAUGGCUGAACACCCUGAAGGACAUCAUGAUAGUGCUCUUACUCACAUGCUUUACACAGCCAUAGCCUUCUUAGGUGUGGCAGAUCACAAGGGUGGAGUGUUGCUGCUAGUACUGGCUUUGUGUUGUAAAGUUGGUUUUCAUACAGCUUCCAGAAAGCUCUCUAUAGAUAUUGGUGGAAUCAAACGUCUUCAGGCUUUAUCUCAUCUUGUGUCUGUGCUUCUCUUAUGCCCAUGGGUCAUUGUUCUUUCUGUAACAACUGAGAGUAAAGUCGAAUCUUGGUUUUCUCUCAUUAUGCCUUUCACAACGGUUAUCUUUUUUGUCAUGAUCCUGGAUUUCUAUGUCGAUUCCAUUUGUUCAAUCAAACUGGAUGUUUCCAAAUGUGCCCGCUAUGGAUCCUUUCCCAUUUUUAUUAGUGCUCUCCUUUUUGGAAAUUUUUGGACACAUCCAAUAACAGAUCAGCUGCGGGCCAUGAACAGAGCCACACACCAGGAGAGCACAGAACACGUUGUGUCUGGAGGAGUGGUCGUGAGUGCAGUUUUCUUCAUUUUGGCUGCCAACAUCUUAUCUUCUCCCUCUAAGAGAGGACAGAAAGGUACCCUCAUUGGAUAUUCUCCUGAAGGAACGCCUCUCUAUAACUUCAUGGGUGAUGCUUUUCAGCAUAGCUCCCAGUCCAUCCCUAGAUUUAUUAAGGAAUCACUUAAGCAGAUUCUUGAAGAGAAUGACUCGAGGCAGAUCUUUUACUUCUUGUGCUUGAAUCUGCUUUUUACCUUUGUGGAAUUAUUCUAUGGUGUGCUGACCAACAGCCUGGGUCUGAUCUCAGAUGGAUUUCACAUGCUCUUUGACUGCUCAGCUUUAGUCAUGGGGCUCUUUGCAGCCCUCAUGAGUAGAUGGAAAGCAACACGAAUUUUCUCCUAUGGGUAUGGAAGAAUAGAAAUUCUCUCUGGAUUUAUUAAUGGACUUUUUCUGGUAGUAAUAGCUUUCUUUGUGUUUAUGGAAUCAGUGACUAGAUUAAUUGAUCCUCCAGAAUUAGACACACAUAUGUUAACACCAGUAUCCGUUGGAGGCCUGAUAGUCAACCUUAUUGGUAUCUGUGCCUUUAGCCACGCCCAUACCCAUUCCCAUGCCCAUGGAGCUUCUCACGGAAGUUGUCACUCAUCUGAUCACAGCCACUCACACCAUAUGCAUGGACACAGUGAUCAUGGACACGGUCACAGCCAUGGAAUUGGUGGUGGAGGCAUGAAUGCCAACAUGAGAGGUGUAUUUCUACAUGUUUUGGCAGAUACACUUGGUAGUGUUGGUGUCAUUGUAUCCACAAUUCUUAUAGAACAGUUUGGAUGGUUUAUUGCUGAUCCCCUCUGUUCGCUUUUUAUUGCUAUAUUAAUAUUACUCAGUGUUAUUCCACUGAUUAAAGAUGCCUGUCAAAUUCUGCUUCUGAGACUGCCAUCAGAAUGUGAAAAAGAACUCCAUACUGCUUUAGAAAAGAUACAGAAAAUUGAAGGAUUGAUAUCUUACCGAGACCCUCAUUUUUGGCGUCAUUCUGCCAGUAUUGUGGCAGGAACAAUUCAUAUACAAGUAACAUCUGAAGUGUUGGAGCAAAGAAUAGUACAGCAGGUUACAGGAAUACUGAAAGAUGCUGGAGUAAACAACUUAACAAUUCAAGUGGAAAAAGAGGCAUACUUCCAACAUAUGUCUGGCCUGAGUACUGGAUUUCAUGACAUUUUGGCUAUGACAAAACAAAUGGAAUCUAUGAAAUACUACAAAGAUGGUACUUACAUAAUGUGAUUAACUCAGGAACUCACACUGAAGUAUGAGCAAUGAAGAUUAAAUGACUCAGUAUUUAUAAUAUUGUUGCCAGAAGGAAGAAAAUUGCAUAUAAUUGUACAGAAACAUUUUUCUACAUUUGGAGAAAAGAGCUCCCUAUGAUUAGAUCAAGGAAUAUUCUUCAUGGAAAUGUAAAGCUUUCAUUGUACAAGUAAAAUAAUUAUUUGAAUUAUGUGUCUAACAGGAAUCUUAAAAGUUUGAGUGAAUAUAAACAUUGCAUAGCUUCUACCAUGAACAUGAAAUGAUGGAGUUUAUUGAAGACCAAAAUUACUUAAAUGUUUGCUUUCUGUCAGAGACUGCUCCAUUGUAAAUAAUGUAUUUACAUGUUUAUUACAAUGCCCAGAUGAAAAAUUUUUAGUCAAUUUUUGCAUAGUCCUAGGGUAAAUAGGAAUAAAAUUCUAUAUUUAUGAAUUUUCUGUAUAUAAAACUGGUUUCUAAUUAUAACAUCCAUUAAAUAAAAUCUGUAUUGCCACUUUAAAUGUAAACUAAAUUAUUGCAGAGAAACUUCAGUCACUGAUGUGAGAGGAGCAGUGAAAACAAGGAAGUUUAACAUUGUAGUUUCUGAUGUAUUAAAAAAUCAACCACUCUGUAAAAUAAAUUUUUUUUACUUUGGGUAA